AUGGACCUCAUCGAUCGAGAGUAUCCAACAAGCGACGACAAGCCUCCAUGGUAUGGUAUGAUAUUCAAACAGUCAGUAUAUUCUGAUGCCAUGCUCGAAAGUCUCAAGAGGCGGUAUCCGGAAGGUGCGAAUCUGCGAGAGAGGAAGCAUAUGGCUGCCAUUGAUUUCCUACAACAAGAACUCAAGAAUAUGCAAGCAAGUGAAGCAGCUUUGAUAUCUAAAACCCGUCCAACAAACUUGAUGCCUGAAGUAGCAUCACACGAUUGUCAACACCAGAGAACGGGAUCACCGCCCUAUUCGCCAACUGCUCAACUGUCACCUCCGAAUAUCACGGAUGGAUACCAUGGUAGAAGAAGUCCUACAAACAAAGUAUUCUUGGAACAGCCUCCAACCGUUCCAAGCAAUGCUUCUGGACGAGAGAUUGUUUUCAGUAUUGCAAACAGACCCCUAGUGCAGCGCCAAAGGAGGAAGAAGAUGACCGCAUCAGAGAAGAUCUCCUACAAGCAGAUGAGGAAGAUCGGCGCUUGCGAUAGUUGCAAGCGUCAAAAAGCAAAAUGCAGGCACGUUGGUGGUGAAAGAGACAGAUACAGAGAUUCUCGAGGCGCCAGUAGCACGCCACAAAGAAAUACUCAACCAAUUUCCGACUCAGCAACACUAACAGCCAAUGCAACGAACGAGCACAAACCGCAAGCUCAAGCUCCUCAGCACUUGCGAGAACUGUCAUAUGAGCUCAAACCCUCUCUUCAAACAGUGUCGAUAGCAACGCCUGUCACUGUAUCGGGGAGCCCAAGUCCACAUUGGGCCCAAGAUAUGCAAGAGGGUGCACAGUCGGAGUUGUCUGGGUACGUACCUGCUCCAGCCACUUUAAAUUCUUACAGUGCAUACUCAAAUGUUACAUUUGAGAGCACUAUUGAUCCACAACUCCUGAAAAUGGAUUAUCAUGGCCCGGUUGUCUUCACCGAAGCGAGUGGCUCCUUUCCUAUGUCUUUGACCCCCGGAACCACAACCUCUGGCAGUUUCUACUCCAAAAACACCCCAGAGUUUUGGAGCCCAGUGCAAGGAUACCGCCCGGAUGAAAAUCCCCCAGGCUAA